GUUGUCUUCAGUUGGUUAUUCUCCUCCUCGUCCUGUGUUGAGAGCUGCGGCUCAUAUUCCGCCAUACUGUCCGCAGUGUUUAUUUUGAUACAUUUUCACCAAUUGCUGAUAUUUUAAUCCAUAAUACACCAACUAAUACAAAAAAACAAUCAAUAUCUACUAAUUUAUCAUAUAAUUGUGAUAUAUAAAUAUUUUUUUAUCCGUUAACUAAAUUUUAUAAAAUAUAUAAAGAAAAAAAAAAAGUAACGCCAGUGUCACCAGUAGCGCCUUGUGGUAGUGUGUGCCAGUUUAGUAAACGUGACGAAGGAACAUCAGCAUUUUAAUUUCCAUUCUCAUAUUCUCAUAACCAGUAUCAGCAGCUACACUAGCACCAGUCUCAGCAAUGGCCUGUGCCACCCUAAAAAGAUCCUUGGAAUUUGAUCCUGUUCAUAGCCACGGACGUCCAAAUAAACGACGAAGAUGUGCACCGAUGUGCGUAUCACCUGGUAGUUCAACUCAGCGGACAUCAAGCCAACAAAAUCCAUCACCAUUUGGCGAAGUUACGCACAAAUUGACGCCUGAAAAAAUGGCUGCUAACAUUAGAGAAGAAAUUCGUCGGUUACAUAAACGUAAGCAGUUGCAUUUCAACCCACAAGGUAAUUCAAGUGGUUGUGAUUCUUCGGACAUGGAAGGGGGCCCAGCAAGUCCAUCUGGUUGUGGUUCAAGCUCGUACAACUGCAGCCCAAACAGCAGGGAGAAACCAUUAUUUACAUUUAGACAAGUCGGAUUGAUUUGCGAGAGAAUGCUCAAAGAACAAGAAACUCAAAUACGUGAAGAAUAUGAUCAGAUAUUAACAAUGAAGCUUUCAGAACAAUAUGACGCUUUUGUUAAAUUUACAUAUGAUCAAAUUCAGAAGAGAUUUGAAUCUGCGGCUGCACCAAGCUAUCUAUCUUAAAUGGACGCUUAUACACCUGAGAAAACAAGUUUUGAAAAGAAGGAUUAGGUAAGAAAUAUUAAAUCAAUUAUCCUUAAUCACCAUCGAUGAGGAUUUAUUGGUUAAUUAUUUCAUAAAAUUUAAAUCGCAGUUUUUUUUUACUGCGUAUCUGAAAAUAAAAUUAUUUGCUUAAAGUUUGAACUUUGAAAUAGUUACAUUGACAGGAUUUUAAAAUCAUUGAAGUAUAUAAAUAAAUCAGCCGAUUAUAAACUUAAUAACAAGAAAUAAUGAUUUAAAUUCAAAGAUUCGAAAAUAAUGGAAAUAAAAAAUUAAAAAAUUAAAAAAAAAAAAAAAAAAAGAAAAACAAUUCUCGGCAUAAACGGAGGAAGAUUAGUGAUGUAAGUUCAUAGUAGAUUUGUAGUUAAAUACAAUUUAAAUAAACGAAGAUCGAUCAAUAAAUUGAAUGUGUACCAGUAAGAAAAAAAUUAAAUUUGAAAAAAAAAAAAAAAAAAAAAAAAAAAAAAAAAAAAGAAUAACAACAAAACAUUAACAAUAUUUGUACUGUCUUAUGUUAAACGCGGUGGUAUCAGGGAACCAUCUUAACAUUUGUUUCGAAAAAGAAACCAUCUAUAAAAAUAUUGAAGUUUUUUUUUUUUUUUAUAUGUAUAUUUAGAACUUAAUCUAAAAUUAUUUUUUGUAUGCAAGUAUUAACUCUCCUUAUUAAUACAAAUAUCUUCAGUUAAAAACUUAUUUUUCUAUUGCAUUGAAUUUAAAAUUGAUUAAAUUAUAAAUUUAAUUGACUAUAAAAUUAAACAAUUUGAUUGUCUCAAUAAUGUUUCUGUAAAAACUAUUUUUUAAUUCAAUCAAAAUAUUUGUAAAACUAGACAAUGUUUCUUUUUUUUU